UGCUUCCCCUCUGAUGGAUGUUUAGAGAAGCAGAAGCGGGGGCUUUCCCCAUACAGAGUGUUGUGACGACUUGAAAGAGCAAUAUUUUGAUAAGGCGACCCGCUGGCAAGGUCUCGCAGACGGAUUCUUUGUCGCAGUAAAAACAACAUCCAUUGGGAAACGGACAUUACGGUGUACCUGGCUGCAAAUUUCAUUAACCCUUCCAACCGAACGGCGAAAAGCAAAUCAAAAUGAGUGACGAAUUCGAUGGAUGUGAAUGCAUUUGGAGCCACGAGAUGGCCAUGCGUCGGUUACUGUCACUGCUCCGCAAUGGCCAAGCUUACUGCACCGACAACGAGUGCUUAGACUUGCCCAACGCUCCGAACCAGGGCGCUAGCGAUAACUUCUUCAUGAUGAUGCUAUUUAUGAUCUUUGCUGUGAUAUUGUACAUGAUGCGGCCAGCAUCGCUCCGCCGGCGGAACGACCUGAACAAAGCACUGCCACCAUCGAAUGGCGGUCCAAGCAACGAUGGGGCGCCACCUGCGGUCAACUGAUAGAAUCGUACAAUAGUCGUUCGGGAAUCUUUAGUUCACAAUGAUGUUUCGAUUUUACUUAGGCCUAUAAAGGUUACUGUAUUCGAGCCGUGCUGGAGUUUCUUUAUAUUUUCUUCAAAUUUAUCGUGAGUUCUUUUCGUGAAGUGUCACAAAAAGUUGACCAAUCUUACUUGGGAUACACUACCUAUAUAUAGAGUUAGAGAAUACACUUCGUAGCAAAAUCAAAACGUAAACUUAUAAUCAAUAAUUAUGUAUAUUCCAUACUUUACGUUGAAGCAUUUUGUUAUCAAGCGGUGCACUUUUAUUAAGAGUCCAAGAAAGAAUCUAUAUUUUAUAAUUUUGACCAAAUGGUGAACGCACAUACAAGUGGCACAAAUGCAACAGGUGAAUGGUCGACACAAAUGUAUUCCCAUAUCCCCUAUUCCACGAGGGAAAGUAUAACUAGCCGUUAGAUAUUAUUUAUCUGUUAUAUUUUAUUAUUUUAUAUACCCUAUAACUUUAAUCGCAAAAUUUUACAAACACAAAACAUUAUGGGUUCCAAUGUUCUUAGCAAGAAAGACAUUCUAUACGAACGGUUUUUUCCUAUCUUAAGAGCAUUUGCCUUUAGUCGUGAAGUUGAUAAGUUGAAACCGCUGUAUGUUUUGUUCAUUUUUUUCUUCCGGGAAAAUUGUAAAAACGAAUAAUGCAAAUAAAAUAACUUCACGCAAA